AUGGCUCUCAAGCGCAAGCGUUCUUCAGCGACUGUCUCCUCGCCAGCAUCCAUCUCCUCCUCCGCCACCAAGUCUGCCAGUCCGCCGCCACUCUUCUUCCAACAGAAUCCACCAAUUGAGCUAUCCCACGAGCCCACAUGGUCCUUUCCCACAUACGACGAUCACCCACAGCAACAUCUGAACAGCCGAACGCGAAAACGGUAUAGAAACAACCGGCCGGAUGAAGAAGCAGUCUACGCAAGCACGAUUGAAAAGUUGUUCGCAGCUCAAAAGCAGCUGACCAUAACUUCGCCUGUAUAUUCCCCUCCAACGACCACAACACCGCCGUCAGAGUCGACAGAAUCGACGGAGCUGCCGCCACAGCGGACUACACUGCACUCAUUCUGGCGAUUGCAGCAAGCUCCCCUAUCAUCAUCAUCAACCAUGAUGGACUGUGCAUACGACACGAAUACAAGCCGUGAGACCUCCUGCGAGAAUGAUGAUUCAAUGGACAUCGACGACGGCUUCGUCAAUGAGGGAACAUCAUGUCAGUCCUGUCACCGGCGAGUCCAUGGUAGAUACACUGCGAUUGGCAAUCUGCGGGUAUGUCUUACCUGCGCAAGUAGCGCAUAUCGAUGA